CGUCAUUUCCGAAGUUGAAGAAAAGGGUUCGCACGUUUUGCUUCCUCUUAACGCCCGAUUGCACACACACACCCACCCACACGCACACACACGCACAGUUAAGCGUUGGUUGUUUAGGAGCGUCUUCGACUGUCACGCGCAUUGUUUACACUCUAAUAAACGUCAGUUGAAGCGGCCAUGACGUAGUUGUGAAAAUUCCAUUAAUUGCGUGUGAUCAAAGUGAGCGCGGGCACGUUCGGCGGACGAGCGCAGCAACACGUUUACGUCACACCAAAAUGGCGACCCCCUAUGUGCAAGACGAAUCUGGGAAAUACAUUGCUGCCACUCAGCGACCUGAUGGAACAUGGAGGAAGCCGAGGCGGGUGAAGGAUGGUUACACUCCACAGGAAGAAGUACCGGUCUAUGAAAACAAGUUUGUGAAGUUUUUCAAGGGCAAACCAGACCUGCCACCUGGGAUGAAUCCGUCCGAGGCGGAUCCAACAAAGCAGAAGAUUCCCGGUUGCGGGGACGUUGACACGGCCGGUCUCUCAAAGGCUGCCAAACGCAACAUGAAACGUAAAGAAAAACGAAAACAGCAGCACCAGGACGGGGACGCAGACGUGGACUCGGUGAGCGACGCCGUCGAGAAUGUUUCCAUUUCAGAGAGCCGCGAGUCUUCAAACAAGACGGCGGCGCCGGUUUCUGUCUCGGCUCCCGAUGACUCCUUAGCAGAUGCAGCCGAAAAGGCCAAGAAGAUCAAAAACCUGAAAAAGAAGCUGCGGCAAGUUGAGGAAUUGCAGCAGAAAGUGAACUCAGGGGAAAUAACAGAGCCAACAGCGGAUCAGUUGGAAAAGCUGGGUCGGGUUAAGGUCUUACAGGAUGAGUUAAAGCAGCUUGAGCGUGAUUCUUGAAGCAAUAAAGGAAAGCAGAUGAGUCGGACAAACUAAACGUACAAACUACAUACGGAAAGACAGUGAAGGGACCUUUGCAGCUUUGUGAUCAUGACUUCCAUUAAACAUUAUUCUACCUAUUUGAUAUUCAUCAUGAACGCUGGAAGUGAGCACAGCCCCAGCACCUUUCAAGCAGAGAAUGACAGGAAGUCCUCGUAGCAGGCAUCUCAUCUUCAGCACUGACCAGCCUGUUUUCUAGUUUCAGAUCUCCAGAUAACAGUGUGACUCCUGCUCAAACACUUGUAUCGGCCAAGCCACUCAUUUAUGAAUAUCUUUUUAAGACCGCAUUGUGAAUUGCUUUGUGCUUGUCUGUCCUUUUCCAUUUUGUACCUUUCAUAUCAUCAGGUAUUAAUUACACAUACAAUAUUUUCUGUUAAAGAGAAUAUAAUUUGAUGAUUUGUCAACAUUUUUUUGUCAUUGAUUGGAUGGCCUCUUGUAGUUGCACUAAUGUUGAGCCACUGUCUACACAGUCAUUACAUUAAAACUACAUGCUGCGUAAAAUGUUUAUCUCAUAUUGUUUUUUUAGCGGUGGAGUGAACAAACAAGCAACUUUAUUUUGGAAGGCAGGAUGUUAAACAAAUCUAUAAUUUGGUGUCAUUGGAUAUUUUGUAAACAAGUUAUCCACUUAAAGGAUGAUGCUGGUGUAUUUUUCCUAUUGUCAACAAAUCCCAUGAAAUGAGUUAUUCAUUCAUUGAUCCUACCAACCAGUAUUGUCUGUAGCCAAAGCCUGAUGGAGUUUAUUCCUCUGUGCCAUAGAGCUCCAUUGUUCAAACUAAAAAACUAAUAAAAAUGCAAUAAAAUACAUCGAUGAGCCACACUGUUGCAUUUGGUGACAUGUUCCUUUUAUUAUGAUGAACAUGGACACUGGUUACUUUGAGUAGAUCCCACAUAUACUGUCCCGCCUCCGUAAAUACUUUAACUAGAGCACCAAAUGUGUAAUAAUCCGUGGCUGAAAAUUGUCCUGUUAAACUCCUGUUAAAGCUGAAGCUACAGUGCUACAUGUACAGCUGUUUUAGGAAAGAAACGACAUGUGACCUGUUAUUAAAUAUGUACUCUUUCAGUAAGAACAAAUGGACAAUAAGAAGACAUAAUUCUUAAAGUAGCACUUUCUAUGACAAGUGCAAUAAACAAUGAAUACGGUGGAGUCCAUAAACCCUAAUUUUACGUACUGAUUUCAUACUAAGAACUAUUUAUAUACAGUAUAUACUAUACUUUUCAUUAAAAAUGUCCAAUUUGAUUGUGAUUUAGCAUUAAAAUUGAAUCGGUAAUUAAGUUAAGAAACUUUUAUUGUUUUACAUGUCUGAGUCUCUUUCCCAUCCGUCCACAAAUUUUUCUAAAGAAGGCGUUCUCUGUCUCCAUUCAGAGGAUGAUUUGUAGCGAUGGUUACAUGGGGGCGUCAUUGUUUUUCCUGUAAUGGGUUUUCUACAUAGUGAACAAUAUAAUUAGCUGUUGUCUCACGGAGGAAGUGUGGUUAGUUGUUUUCCUCAUAGAGCU